UUUGAUGUUCCAAUGGGGUUUAUUAGAUGUAUGCGUUGAUUAGUUAGCUCGAAUUUUUGAACUUUUAAAGUAUUGAUUUUUCGAUUCCGGGCUCUGUGAUGAAGAAAGCUCAAGAAAGUGGUUUCUUAUUCUGUGGUUUGUGUGGGACGAUGCUGAUCUUGAAAUCAAGAAAGCAUGCCGAGUGUCCACUUUGCAAAACAACGAGAAAGGCUAAAGAUAUCAUUGACAAGGAUAUAGCUUACAAAGUUUCUGCUGAGGAUAUCAGAAGAGAACUAGGAAUCUCUCUGUUUGGUGAAAAGCAGCAGGAAGAUGAGCAGCUACCAAAGAUCAAAAAGGCGUGCGAGAAAUGCCAGCACCCGGAGCUUGUAUACACAACCAGACAGACGAGGUCAGCGGAUGAAGGACAGACAACAUACUACACUUGCCCCAAUUGUGCUCAUAGAUUCACAGAAGGUUGAGGUUAUUAUAAUCAUCUCUCCAUCAUGUGAUUCAGAUUCUCAGAGCAUACCGGUUUUGUUUCUUACUUUGAUAUCAUCAACUCUCAUAUAUCCAAUGCCAUCAUUAGAACUUUAUGUAUAGUUCCUUCCAAUAUAUGUUCCGAAUUCCGAAUUCAACAUUCAAUGUCAUCAUCAUCAAUAGUAGCUGUAAAAUCAUCUAGUGAAAAUCA